UCCAUUUAGCUAGUUGCUAUAAUCAAAGCUGAGCUACUUCUAGAUGCUUUUGCCUUUCUCUCUCUCCUUCGUCCUUUAAGUUAUGUGUUUUGAGUUUGCUUUGGCUUGUUUCAAGUGCUAAUCACUGAAGAAAGAUUAUUAGGUGGGGAGGUGAAAAGGGGUACAAAAGCAUUGAUUUCUAGUUUCUGCUGUUGCAAUAAAUAUCUCAGAGGGUUGUGAACCUAUCAUCACUAUUAGUUUAUUAACAUAGGAAUCUGACAUUCUAAACAACUGUCUUGUGGGGUUUAGUUUUGUCGAAGAACAACAGAGAAAAAGAGAUGUCUCAGACCAACUGGGAAGCUGAUAAAAUGUUAGAUGUGUAUAUCUACGAUUAUCUUGUGAAAAGAGACUUAAAAGCUACAGCUCAGGCUUUCCAAGCUGAAGGGAAAGUGUCAUCGGAUCCAGUCGCUAUUGACGCACCUGGCGGAUUUCUGUUUGAGUGGUGGUCUGUCUUCUGGGAUAUAUUUAUUGCUAGGACUAAUGAGAAGCAUUCCGAGGUUGCAGCAUCUUACAUUGAGACACAGAUGAUUAAAGCGCGAGAACAGCAGUUGCAGCAAUCUCAACAUCCACAGAUCUCACAGCAGCAGCAGCAAAUACAAAUGCAACAACUCUUAUUGCAACGUGCACAACAACAGCAGCAGCAACAACAUAACCAGCAACAUCAAAACCAACCACCUUCUCAACAGCAGCAGCAGCAGCAGCAACAGCCAGCGCCUCAACACCAACAGCAGUCAGCACCUCAGCAGCCACCACAGAGGAGAGCUCCGCCCCACCUGACAAAUGGAUCAGCAAACGGACUUGUUGGUAGUAACAGCGACCCAGUUUGGAGGCAAAACUCUGGGUCUGGGAGUGCCUUGGCAAGUAAUAAUAAGGCAUACGAGGAGAGGGUCAAAAUGCCUACUCAGAGGGAUUCCUUAGAUGAGACUGCUAUGAAGCGAUUUGGGGACAAUGUUGGGCAACUGUUGGAUCCAAAUCAUGCAUCGAUGUUGAAGUCUGCUGGAGCUUCUGGACAGCCUGCAGGGCAAGUGUUACAUGGUGCAAGUGGCGGUAUCUCUCCACAGGUUCAAGCUCGAAAUCAGCAACUUUCUGGGUCUGCUAUGGAUAUAAAAAGUGAGAUCAAUCCUGUGCUCACCACUCCCAGAACUCCUGUUCCAGAAGGGUCAUUGAUUGGAAUUCCUGGUUCAAAUCAAGGCAGCAACCUUACACUUAAAGGGUGGCCACUCACUGGAUUUGAUCAGCUUCGUUCUGGUCUUCUCCAGCAGCAAAAACCAUUUAUGCAGUCUCCACAGUCUUUUCACCAGCUCAAAAUGUUGUCUCCGCAACAUCAGCAACAGCUCAUGAUGGCUCAACAGAAUCUAAAUUCACAAACCGUCAAUGAAGAGAACAGAAGACUGAAAAUGCUAUUGAACAACCGGAGUAUGAGCCUCGGAAAGGAUGGUCUUGUGAGUUCUGUUGGGGAUGUGUUGCCUAAUGUUGGAUCGUCUUUACAGCCUGGUGGCACUCUUUUGCCUCGUGGAGACACCGACAUGCUACUAAAGUUAAAGAUGGCUCUGUUACAGCAGCAGCAUCAACAGCAGGGUGGUGGAAAUCUACCACAGCCACAGUCACUUAAUCAGCACUCUCUUUCAAAUCAGCAAUCACAUAGUUCAAAUCACAACAUUCAUCAACAAGAUAAAUUGGGCGGAGGUGGUAGUAUUACCAUGGAUGGUAGCAUGUCAAAUUCCUUUAGAGGAAAUGAACAGGUAUUGAAGAAUCAGACUGGGAGGAAAAGAAAGCAACCGGUUUCGUCUUCUGGGCCAGCUAAUAGUACAGGAACUGCUAACACUACAGGGCCAUCUCCAGGCUCAGCACCUUCCACACCUUCAACUCAUACUCCUGGAGAUGCGAUCUCUAUGCCUAAUCUGCCUCGUAGUGGCUCCUCCAAAGCAAUAACUAUGUUUGGCACUGAUGGGACUGCCACUCUUACAUCUCCAUCAAAUCAGUUGGCUGAUAUGGAUAGAUUUGUGGAAGAUGGGUCACUUGAUGACAACGUUGAGUCUUUUUUAUCCAAUGAGGAUGGUGAUCAACGGGACGCCAUUGGACGGUGUAUGGAUGUUAGUAAAGGUUUCACGUUUACUGAAGUGAAUUCAGUACGUGCGAGCACAAGCAAAGUUACAUGUUGCCAUUUCUCAUCGGAUGGAAAAAUGCUUGCUAGUGCUGGACAUGACAAAAAGGCUGUACUAUGGCAUACAGACACUAUGAAGCCGAAGACCACCCUUGAGGAGCACACGGCUAUGAUAACAGAUGUCCGUUAUAGUCCCAGCCUGCCUCGCCUUGCAACUUCUUCGUUUGAUAAAACUGUCAGGGUUUGGGAUGCUGAUAAUAAAGGUUACUCCAUUCGUACUUUCAUGGGACAUUCUUCUAUGGUUACGUCACUUGACUUCCAUCCCAAUAAGGAUGAUCUCAUAUGUUCCUGUGACACUGAUGGCGAAAUAAGGUACUGGAGCAUCAACAAUGGAAGUUACACAAGAGUGUACAAGGGUGGUAGCACUCAGUUGAGGUUUCAACCACGUGUGGGAAAGUAUCUAGCUGCUUCGUCAGCAAAUGUUGUAUCUGUUCUAGAUGUUGAAACACAAGCUUGUCGACACUCUUUGCAGGGCCAUGCUAAUCAGAUAAACUCGGUUUGCUGGGAUCCUUCUGGUGACUUCUUGGCAUCGGUUAGUGAAGAUAUGGUAAAAGUUUGGACGCUGGGGACAGGUAGUGAAGGAGAAUGUGUUCAUGAGCUGAGCUGCAAUGGCAACAAGUUCCAGUCUUGUGUUUUCCAUCCCACUUACCCUUCCCUACUCGUCAUUGGUUGUUACCAGUCUUUAGAACUAUGGAACAUGUCAGAGAACAAGACGAUGACAUUGCCGGCUCACGAAGGGCUAAUUGCGUCAUUGGCUGUUUCGACUGCGACUGGAUUGGUUGCAUCUGCUAGUCACGACAAGCUAGUGAAGCUGUGGAAGUGAAGUUAAGUGAGAGAUCAGGACAAGUUCGUUUGUGUUUAGGUAGCAGUCUUCUCAGGGAGGGGGUGGGGGUUCUUUUAACUAGUGUUUCUCUUUGUAGUUCUUUCUCGGCUAAUCAUCUUCGAUCUUAAAGAUAGUUUUUCACAUGGUUAAACAAUGUUGUUGUAUGAUCUGACGUAAUUGAGAUCUUGUGGAACUGUGAUAACUGUUGUUGUAAUCUUAGUUUUUAUUCUGGCUCAUCUUCU